ACCGUCCAAGGUGCAUGUGGCCCCGUAAAUCGCGUAAACAAAGCUCUCAAGUCACAUCGAUCAGGCUGUCUGAUACUGACCGUUCUUAUAACUGUGUUUGUAACCUGUCUCCCAACAGAACGACCAUCGAAUACAUUAUUAGCGGGGACGUGUAAAUGAAGAUACAAUGGCUACGAAGAACCCAACCCCCCAACCCCUCCGAGCGAUCCGGGCCAAAUCCACUGGAUCCACGAUCACAGUUUACCAAGCCUUCUCCCCCGAUAUCGCCGAACCUGCUCUGAGGGCCCAGAAAUUCGUCCCUCCAUUCUCCCGCACACGCAUGACCUGGAUCAAGCCGUCCUUCCUCUGGAUGGCCUACCGCUGCGGCUGGGCCACCAAACCGAACCAAGAACGUGUUUUGGCGAUCGAGAUAACCCGCGAAGGCUUCGAAUGGGCCCUGAAGAGAUCCUGUCUCAGUCAUGUACCUGGAACCCAGGACCAAGAGCAAGAUGAAUGGCGUCAGCGUCUCCGUAAGAGUCCCGUCCGUGUACAGUGGGAUCCGGAGCGAGAUCUGUGGCACCGGCCACUAAGAUAUCGAUCAAUUCAGAUUGGGAUCAGUGGGGAGGCGGUUGAGCGAUACAUUGAUGAGUGGAUCGUUUCGAUCACUGACGUGACGGGUCUGAUGGGGGAUGUCAAGAGGGCCUUGGAUAGGGGGGAUGUCGAAGAAGCCGAAGGCCUUCUUCCGGUCGAGGGUGCUUAUCCUCUGUCGGAGGAGCUGCGAGACAUAUUGCAAGCGACGUAAUACGGGAUCGGAUGCUUGGUUGUUCUUCCGCAGAAUGUACUCGUAGUUGCUGAGACGUUUAUGGAGUGUCUCAAGAAAACCAGAAAGUUCUAAGAUGGAAUACUAGGAUUUUCUCGCAGAGAGUUUCAAUUGCUUGAUCUAAGGGAUCCGAAAUUCUAGCGAACAGAAGAAAAAGGAACAGAAAUGAGAACAGAAUAAAAAAGGCGUAUGUAACCCCCAAAGCGGCUGGUAGGGAAAGGUUAUGUUCACCAAGUUCUCAGUAGAGGUUAUUGAUUCGUGACCAGA